CAGUACAAACGGAACAACGUCGACUGUAGCCUUGUCAAAUAUUGCAGGUUGACAACAGCAUUUUUAUACUUUAUAAAUACAUUUUGACUUGCAAUAUGUCCGAUCUUGGAUCAGAUUUUGAUGAAGACGAUCAAGGACCAUAUUUAGGAGAAUAUGAAGGUGAACGCAAUGAGAAAGAUGAACGACAUGGGCAUGGUAAAGCUACACUUCCAAAUGAAGAUAUUUAUGAAGGUCUUUAUGAAAAUGGCAAAAGGCAUGGUCAGGGAUUGUACAAAUUCAAAAAUGGGGCACGGUAUACAGGUGAAUAUAAACACAACAAGAAACAUGGUUCCGGCACAUUUAUUUAUCCAGAUGGUUCAAGAUAUGAAGGGAAUUGGGUUGAUGACCAGAGACAUGGCUACGGAACAUACACAUAUCCCAACGGAGACGCAUAUGAGGGGGAAUGGCAGAGUCAUAAACGGCAUGGACAGGGAGUGUACACCUAUAAAGAUACAGGCUCUAAAUAUGUAGGAACCUGGGUGGAAGGCAAGAGAGAUGGUGCGGGAGAACUGAUACAUAAUAACCACAGAUACCAAGGGUUAUGGGUAGACGACCAGACUCAGGGUAAAGGGAAGUAUGUAUUUGACAUUGGAUGUGAACAGCAUGGCCAGUAUGUGCUUAUUGAACAGAAUCAAGGGGGCGAAAAUGAGGAGGAGGAAGCACAGACUGUGAUGAUUCCAAAGUGGAGAGCUGGUGAAAUAACAGCAAUUAGUCAACGCAACCCUGCGGCUGAACAGCUUGCAGAGCAGAGGAAAGCCGAAGAAAAUGAAGACGGUGAAGGAGAAAAUGCUGAAGAAACACAAGAAGGAGAAACUGAAGAACUGGCUAAAACAGAGGAAAAGCCGCAUGAAGACGCUGAAGGUGAGGUUAAGGCAGAGGCAGAAAAUAACGGCCAAGUGGAGACAGAAGAUAACCAGGAAGGAGGAGACCAGGAAGCAGAGGAGCAGCCACAACCUUCUCCUGUUCCUGAAGAACAAGAAGAUGCAGAAUGAUCACAAAUGUUUGGAAUUCCUUUCUUUAAAAAUAAUCUCAUAAAUCCUAUAUUAUAACAGAUUGGUUCAUACACAAUGGCUUGAUAUUUCCACUAUAUAAACAAUAAAAGCACACAAAAUACAUGAAUUGUAAUUGAUUUCUUAAAACCUUUUAAUAGUUGGCAGUUUGGAGAAAAUAAUUCCAAAAGUUUUAUUCUCCACGCGACUUCGUUUUGAACUGUAUAUAAUAUGUCUAUAAAUAUUGUUAUUAUGGAAGUUCAUAAUAAAUUUGCUUUUGUGCUCAAAG